AUGAGGGUCGCUCCGUUAUCCGUACGGUUCGCACAGGCGCCGCACAUGGGCGAUCUCCAUAAAACGCAAGCGCCGACGAUAUGGAGGUUGAAUUUUGCGGGGAAGCGCACGAGCUACCGAAGCCGAACACUGGUCGAGCACGGAUCUCUCGAUGGUCUGUCUGGUGCUGAUGCGGUAUAUUUUGACAAGCUAGCGCUUUCUGCGAGUGCAAUGUGCGUGAGAGUAGGUAUUGCCUAUCUCAGCGUGCUGAUAGGUAUGUUGAAUCAACGCGGCCCAAUAAUUUGA